ACAGAAACAGUCUGCUUCCUCUGCAAAGACACCAGUAAGCAUGCUUUGUAUCCUGUGUCUGCUCCUGGUUCCAGUUUGUGCCUGUGUGGAAUGCCCCAGUAACUGCACUUGCUCUUCGAAUGACACCCUGUCAUGUCAGGAAGGAAAGCUCUUGGAAAUACCUCGUCUGCCAGAUGAUGUAAAACACCUCUAUGCCCAGAGCAACCUCAUACGAGCACUCCCAGUCGAGGGGAUGGAUGACCUCUAUUCCUUGGAUCUCACUCACAACCAUAUCAACUUUUCAGGCCUUUCCUCCCUUCCAAACAUGAGGAAUCUUUGCAAACUGAUCCUCAGAGGCAACAAACUCAGUCUCCUGCCCCCUGGUCUUCUCAGAAACCUCUCGAAUCUAAAAGAACUGGACCUCACAGACAACAACAUCACUUCCUUGCCUCCAGGUUCUCUUCAGGGAUUGCACGCCUUGGAUACCCUCUUCCUAAGCCUGAAUAAUAUCAAGAUCCUAAAAUCUGGAACAUUGCAAGACACCCCAAAACUCUCUGUUCUGCAUCUGAGCAACAACAAUAUUGAGGAACUAGAAGCAGGAUUCUUCAAUAGCACAGGAAACUUAACAAAUCUCAUCCUGUCCAACAACAAACUUCACAUCUUAGAGAACGACUCAUUCGCUGGUGCUGCAAGCCUCAGGGUGCUGGAUCUUAGUGGUAAUAGAUUUGUUUCAGUCCCUGUGGUUGCUCUUAAACAUCUGUCCAGGCUCCAGAAGCUUUUCCUACAAAAGAACCAGAUCCAGACCCUUCCUGAGGAUGCUUUUGCUGGACUGGGGUUUUUGCAGGUACUGGAUCUAAGCAAAAACCCUCUGAGCUCCCUCUCAGCACAUGCUUUGAGCAAUCUGACCCAGCUGAGGUAUGUGGAUUUAAGCUUCAACAAGCUAAAACGUCUCCCUUCUGCACUGUUCCAAGAUCUGAGCAGUCUGGAGAAAUUGGACCUAUACAACAAUGGCCUGGAGUCUCUGCCUGCAGAUAUAUUCCAGAGCCUACAUGCUUUAAAGGAGCUUCACUUAGACAGCAACAACAUCUCCCACCUGCCUUCUGAUAUCUUUCGAAGAAUGACCAAGCUUGUAGAGCUGCAGCUGGACAACAACGUCCUGUCUGAACUUUCACCGCUCCUGUUCCUCCACCUCACUGAGGUUAAGUCUCUCUACCUCGACAACAACGCCUUGUCUGGGAUCCCUGCCACCCUUUUCAGUGGCCUCCAGAACCUCAGAGAGCUACAACUGGACCACAACAACCUGAAGUCCUUCCCGUCCUCCAGCUUCAGUGAUCUGAUAAACCUGCGCAGCCUCUGUCUCAAUAAUAAUCACCUCUCCACCCUGUCCCCCGGUUUGUUUAACAGCUUGAAGAGCUUGAAGAGCUUGGACCUCAGCAACAACCACAUGACGAGGAUUCCACAGGGGCUCUUCAAAGGCCUCAGAAGCCUGAAGCACCUCCAUCUAGAAAACAAUCAUCUGGCCAUCCUGGCACCAGGAGACUUUGAAGACUUGGUCAACCUCAAGGAGCUACAGCUGAGCUUCAACCGCCUCUCAGAGCUGACACCGGCGGCUUUCCACAGCCAGGGGAAACUCAGAAAGCUCCUUCUCCACAACAACCAGCUGGACUCCCUGCCCGACCACAUCUUCUCCAGCUUGGCCAGCCUGAAGGACCUCGACUUGGAGAGGAAUUUUCUUGGGCGUCUGCAUCCUGAGGUCUUCCAGAAGCUCAGCCACCUUCAGGUCCUAUUCCUGAAAUCCAACCGCCUCAAGAGCCUGGUCGACGGCACUCUGUCACCUCUGUUCUCCCUGAAAAGGAUCUACCUGGACGGAAACCCUUGGGAUUGCUCCUGCCCCUCUAUCAUGUAUGCCAGUCACUGGAUCCUCAAUCAUUCCAGGCUCCUUCAGGAUCAACCCACCUGCUCCGAUUCCCAGACGCCGUUGUCUGAAAUCGCCACAGCCCCUCUCAUGUCCUCCCCCCACUGCUCGGGCGUGGUGUCCUCUCACGUCAAGUCCUCUCGGAUGGUGGCAGGACUGUUUGCUGUGUUUUGUGGUUUCCUUUUGUUAAUAUGAAAGCUGAUCAUGUUUUUAAACAGUUUGUAUUCUUACUUGACUUAAAAACGAUAGCUUGGUGUCUUUCAGCAUUUUUCACAUCAGUACCUCUUCUCAUUCAUGGAAUUCCUUUUUGUUUCGCCGGCUGGGGACACACUUUUUCUGCCAAGGAAGAAUUCUGAAUUCACAUACAGUAGCAGUGAUUUAGCAGAACAUAAUCAGGACACUGCGAUCAGCAGAGCUGAAAAAUUAGCCUGUGAACGUCUGUCACUGGGAUCACACCCUGGUCAGGUUAGAAUGCAUUUAUUCAAUUUAGACAUUUUAAACCACAGGACGACACCUGUACCCAGACGGGGAAAAUGAGGAGUUGCAGACAGGAACAGACAGUACAGUUUAUUCUGAUCCCACACCUGUCCAGCCCUACAUCUUUUGAAGAUUUACACGGAUGAACAGGAGGCUUAGCACCAACUCAUCCCUCACUGUCAUCACCACAGCUC